AAAAUAUACGUAUCUUUUGAGGAUAUUUUCAAGAACAUCCAAGAGCUUACGAAGUCAUUGUCUGAUCAGAAAACAUGUCUGCUGCAAGACAACAAGUUCUGGGCAGAACUCUGCAUAGUUUUGGGUGUACCAAAUACAUCCCCAAAUAGAUAUAAACUAAAAAGGACAUACAAAGAUGAAAAAAUGACAAAUGUCCAAACGGAGGAAGAUAAAAAGGAAGAUGCUCCAGAGGCUGAAGGUGCACAAGCUGAAGAAUUUACUCAAGACCUGAGUGAUUUUCAAAAGGAAGAUGGAAAAGAACAUACUAAGAAGAAGGACAUCGUAAAAGAUGAGGAAUGUUUGAAAGCAGAAGAGGGAAAUAAAGAUUUAGAAAAACCUAAAGAGUUUGGGCAGGAAAAAGUAAAGAACUUGGACUUAAUGGAGGUGAAGACAGUGCUAAAGGAGAAAGAUGGAGAGAAAGAUGUACUAGAGGUUGAAUGCGCAAAUGAGGAAGAAGUUAAACAGAAGAUGAAAACAUUAAAAAAGGAUGAUGAUAAAGAAAACAUGAGCGAGAAGGACUUCAUACAGGAGGAUGAAGAUUUAACAGUAGACACUGCAAAUGAAAUGAAAAAGGUCCAGCAGGAGGAAGAUGCUCACAACAGAGAUUCCAGGAUGGAAGACAGUGACAGUUGGAGUGACAGCGUUGAUGAUGUCAGUCUUGACAAAGAAAAUGAAUUCUUUACAGAGAGUGUUCCUGCACCACAUUCUUUUUUUUUUAUUCCUAAAACUGCCUGGAAAACACUAAGAACAAAAAAAAAGAUCACUUUAAGGGAUUGCAGUGGACCAACAUUAUCUCUGCAGGCAUUCGCACAGUCCAUCCAUAUUGCAGUUUUGCCUUUACAGGCCACAGGGUUAAAAUACAAGGAUCAACCAGGGCACGCACCUGUUUUUAAAUGCUCUGGCUAUUGUAUGUUUACUGACUGCCCAGUAGAAGUUGAAGUUCUUGUUCACAGUGAGAAAACACUUAAAGCACAUGUGUCCUUCAGAGUUGACAUGUCAGUGCACAAUAAAAGAGAGCUCCAAAGGCGACCUGUAAGAGCUGAUGCCCAAAAGGAAAUAAGUCAGCAAUUGCAAACAACACUACCAAGGGCACUCUACCUUCAAAAAAAGGAAACCUUAGGGAAUCUGUGGUAGAAUCUGGCUGUCGAGAUGAGGCACCUUCGCCAGGUGUUUUGAAAUCCAUUUCCUGGAGACAAAGAAUGAAGGACAGGAAACAUAGAAAUGAAACUGUCAGUCUCCAGAUGAUGGUAAAUGAAAAAAGAGAAGAACCGGAUGAGGUAAUCCAGAAAGUCAUCCUUCAUCCGAUUGUGUAUCCGAAAUACACAAUCAUUAAUUGUGUAUUUUCUGAGUGCUUUCCAAACAGAUCAUGCCAAGCAAUAUGGUCACAAAAACAUCCGUCCACUUAUGAUCAUAUGUGAUGGAUCCUUGGUGCUCAUGCAUGCCAUUUCACUCGUCUUCUGCCAAACCAACCUCAAUGCCUUGGUCCAAAGUUAUUUUAGAAUUCUGACAGGGAAAGGCACUGCUGAAGACUUUGAUCUGCCUAUACUCCACCGCUGUCUUAGUCAUAUCAUGAAAAAUGCUAAAUCCCUGUGCAAAAAGCAUGCACCAAAGAACUACAAGCUGGCCAUGCAUAUUUUUGGACUUCUGACCACAGCAAGGUCCAUUGCUGAGUUUGAUGAUAUGCUCCUGAGCUGCACUGUCAUCUUCUCAAGCUCAUGCAGCUCAGAAAAUGUUGAAAAACACUUCAACAACAUUCAGGCUUUGUUGACCACUGUUGGAGAGUCAGUGGUUGAUGACAACAGCAUAGUUUCUGUGGACCUUGAGGACACCUUCAGUCAAACCCCUUUUCACAAGCAUUUCAUGGAGGUAGGCACUGACUGCACCCCUCAACAAGCAAGGGGAUCCUAAUGUGUACUAUACUGAGACAUUCAUCUCCUUAUUGGCUGCACACUUCUUGAGUCAUGCAGCUCUAUGGACAAGCAUGAUGCUGGGGGACCUGGGCAGGCAUGGUGAAGGACCCCCAUACCAGCUUUUCUCAAAGAAAUUUUCCAAAAUUUCUAAGAAAAAAUUCCAGAAUUUCACACAAGACAACAAGACUCAAGGAAUUAUGGAAAAAAGUCAGUGGGACUUGAAGAAAAUUCGCUUUAGAGGCAGAAGACUGAACAGACUUGAUGACUUCAUAAUGACCUAUAAAGACACCCACACUGCACUUCUGAGAGAAUUUAAUGAUGCGGAACGUAUCACUAAACGAAAGGAGCACCGUAUUUUAAAGGAGAAGUGGAGGCAGCGAAAGCAAAGAAGGAGGGGAGUCUAUGUUACCGCCAUCAACAAGCCAUUCCAUUUUAAAAA